AUGCUUGGUCAACUUCUUGUUAAAUUAGCUAAUUAUUUAUUACAAUUAUUUCAACAAUUAGCAGCAAAAUCAAUUGAUGAUGAUCAAUUUUUAACAUUUGUUAAUGAACGAACACGUUCAUUUUUACAAUUUCUUCUUUUAUUAAAUCAACAUCCAUUUCAUUUAUUAUCAUUAAAUUCUUAUCAAGCAUUAAAUGCAUUCAUUAUUCGACAACCAACAUUAUUAUCAAAUGAACAAUUUUGUUUACAAUUAGUUGAAAAUUUAAAACAAUCAUUAUAUCGUGUGCAUUUUCCAUCAUCAACAACAAUAUUAAUUGAAAAUGAUAAUGAUAAUGAUAAUGAUAUAUUAAAAAAACAAUAUGAACAUAAUCAAAAAUGUUUUAUUUAUGUUUUAUAUGAAUAUGAUAGUGAAGAACAAUUUUUUUGGAAAUUUUUUUCACAAUAUAGAACUGAAUUACAAAAAUUAAUUAAAUCAUUUAUUGGCAUGUUUUUUCCAGAUAUUGUUGCUGAACGUUCAAUUGUUAUCGAAACGAAUAUGUCAUGUUUAAAAUCAAUUCUUCAAAGUUUACUUGCAUUUCUUGAAUCACUUGUUCAACGUACACCAACUAAAACUGAUAAUCAAAUUCAAACAUCAUUAUCAUCAAUAUAUUUAAUUAUUGAAUGGGAAGCAUUUUAUUUAUUAAUUGAUCAUGUUUUAUUUAUUGUUCGUAAAGAAUUAUUUUCAUCGUCAACAUCAUUUAUAAAAUCUCAACAAAAAAUGGAACAAUUAUUAAUGACAUCAACAAUGACAGAACAAUUUUUAAGUACAUUAAGAUUUUUAUUACAAUUUACACCUAAUUUAAGUGAACAUAUACAUGGACAUGUAUUAAAUUUAUUAUCAGUUAUGUUUUUUAUAACAAAACAUGAUCCAUCAUUAGCUAUUCAAAUUAUUCAACGUCUUUUAACAACAUUUCAAUUAUAUCAACAACAAUCAAUAGCUGGUACAAAUGUUCAUGAGUGUGAAAUUAUGCAAACUCAAGCAGCAAAUGCAUUUCUAUAUUUAUGUAAAAAUUUUACUAUUAAAAUGAUUGAUUAUUAUUCAGAAUUAUUUCCAUUUAUAUGUCAACUUUAUAAAGAUGAAUUUCAAUUAACUAAAACUUUAUUAUCAAUAACAAUUGAUGAAUCAUCAUGUCCAACAUUAAAAUUACUUGAUGCAGCACAAACAUUACUUUAUUAUAAAUUAAUUCAUAAUAAUGAUGAAACACAAUGUGAAGCAUUUUAUGAACUUAUUAAACCAAUUUAUGAAACAUUUAUAACAUCAUUAACAAUUGAUUCAUUAAUACCAUUUAUACAAUAUCUUGAUUUAUGUUCAAAUGAAACAAUUGAUAUAAAUAUAAUACGUUAUCGACGACGAAAUUUAAUGCUUGCUUUACAUUGUUUAUGUUUAUUAAUACGUUAUUCAAAACAACAACAACAACAAUUAAAUCCUAUUAUACGUUCAAAAAUUACUAUUUGUCUUCGACCAUUUUUAUUUGAUUAUAUAUUAAAAAUAACACAAUUUUGUAAUCAAUUAUAUGAUCAACAAAUAAAUCCAUUUUAUGAAAUAUUAAAAAUUAAUUUAACAUAUAGUGAAACAGAAAAACAAUUAUAUUUAGGAACUUAUGAAAGUAAUAAUAUGGCUAAAGCAACAAUUACAUCAACUACUACAUCAUCAAGUCUCCCAGUAAGUUUUGUUCGUUUUCAAUCAACAUCUGGUAGUAAUAUAAUUGAUGAUCAACGUCUUCGUGAUUAUCUUCAUCGUUUAUUUGAUAUAUGUUAUCAAAUAAAUGGAAUAUUUUUUGCUCAUGAUACUGAUUUAUAUUAUUUAAAAUUAAAUGAUGAUAAUUAUUUUAUAACAUCAUUUUUACAAAAAAUUCUUUUUGCAAAUUUAAAUACACUUCCAUCAUUUCGUCUUCGUAUUGUUUUACGACAUUUUUGUCGUUCAUUUGUUGAACAUUAUUGUUCAUUAUUAACAUUAGAUAAAGAAAUAAUAAAUGAAUUAUUUCUUACAUUUCUUGAUAUAUUUUUACCUUAUAUUCAACAACGUUUAACAACUAUGUGGAAUAGUUUAUUAACAACAACACUUAAUUAUCAACAAGGUGAAUGUUCAGAUGAAGUUAUUGAAGAAUGUGUUUGUGUUUUAUUAACACGUGAUUUUGUUGAUAUUAUACGAUAUUUUAUUUAUAAAACAACAAUUAUUGGACAAACAAAUUUAAUAACAAGUGGAAUAAACAAAAAAAAGAAUAAAAUAAUGAAUGGACAUGGUCAUAGUGAAAGUAUGUGUGAAGAAAGUAAUGGUAUCGGUGGUGAUACAGAUCAAAUUGAUGAAUGGGAUGAACAAGCAACUAAUUACAAUAAUAUUAGUAAUAAAUUAUUAAAUGGUAUACAAGAAAAAAUGGAUUAUAGUGAUCUAUUUACUUAUAUGAUUAAAAUGUCUCGACAAAAUUCACCACUUGCUCUACGUCUUUUUACUUAUGUUAUAAAAACAUUAUUUGAAUGUUUAACUUUUCCUGAUGCGUAUUGUGUCAAUCGUUUUCUACCAAUAAUUCUUCCAUUAACAAAACUUUAUACAGAUAUUAUUGAUAAACUUGUUAUUUCAUCAUCAUCAUCAUUAAUUGAUAUAAAAUUUCUUUUUCAAUGUUUACUUAAAGGACUUGAACGACAUAAUGAAAAUGAAGGUGUUAAUACAAAUAUGAUAUCAUUAAUUGGUCAUAUUUAUGAAUUAUGGCAUAAUCGAUAUCAAACAGAACUUGAUUUUGUUUUAUAUCAAACAAUUCCACAAUUAAAUGUUGAAUUAUUAAAUACAUAUAAAACACGUUUAUUAUCAAGUAAUAAUAAUAAUAGCAAUAAUGAACAACAAAGAAAAUCACAACAAAUAACUGAACGUGAACGACGUGAUACAAUUAAAAAUUUACUUAAUCCUCUUCUAUUAUCACCUAUGUCAAGUAAUAAAAAAGAAGGAUUAAAUUUAAAAAUUCCAUUCAAUCAAACAAUCGUUUCAACACUUUAG